AUGGGUAUCCCGAAUCACAAUUUCCACGACCUCGAGCAGCGGCGACUCGCCCUCGAAGACAAUAUCUCCGAGCUCCAGAAAUCCCUCUACCACUGGCGAACCUGGGAGGCGGAAUACGAUGGCUUUCGAGAGGAGAUCAAAGAGUUGCACGACGAUGCCACCACCGAUGAUUUCAUCGCCGUUGCGCGCCAGUACGAAGGGUCGCUAGUGAACGAAAAGGAAAUACAGACGAUCCUUCGAACAGAGGCGGGCGUCACACGAUCGCGCACCCAAAUCGUCGACCUUCUAGGCAGACGAAUCGAUUAUGUGAAGCAGAAUGGCGCGACAAUAGAGAAGAGACUUCGAGGGGUAGAGAACGAGCUGUACACGUUGGAUUCGGACGACCAGCUCCCUGCCGAUAUCACCAGUGAUCAAGGGUUCCCAAUGAAGGAAAUCAUGGAAGAACUGGACGAGGAGGGGAACGUGAUUUCCAGCUCGGUCAAUGCCCCCGGAGACCAUGCGCCGGCGAUUCUGGAAGCUCUGAAGAAGGCUGGCGUUGACGAGAUUCCGGAGACCUCUCAGCCAACUGAGAAAGUUGUCGAGUCCAGCGCUGUUGAUCAGAAGGAUAAUGUAGAUACGGCCGAGGAUCAGGCCGAAGUGGUAUCAAAUGGCCGCGCAUCCACCACGAACGGACGCGAUGUUUCACAAGAGGAGGAGGAGCUAGACCUGUCGCAACCAGUGUCACUUGUCACCCCAGAGGAUCGCAACCAGUCUCCGGUGACUAAUAUCGACGAACCUGCCGAUGAGGCAACUCUCCGACGCGAAAUGCUGGAAUACGGCAUCCACGAAAUUGGCACAAUCGUUGCAGAACUAGAACUGGAUGACGAUGCCAGCGAGUUCUCCAUCUCGGACGAGGACAACGACAUGGCCACAGAAGAGGAGGAUGAAGAUGAGUUUGGUCGGUCACACCUCGUGUUGUCCGAGGAGUACCAUCGCCAAAUGCGGGAGUUGGAAGCCAAACUUAGCGCCAGGGGCAUGACCAAUCUGGGCAAGGACACUCAAACCUUCCCCGAGGAAAUUCGCCAGGAGAUUGAAAACUCUGCCACAGAACUGGUGCAAGAGGAUGGAGAGGCCGGUAGCUCUGAUAAGGGCAAGAAGCCGAAGAAGAAGGUCGCUUUUGCAGAGGAAUUAGACAUCGCCCCGACAUCUGCGCCCGCUGUAGCUGAGACGAAGGCUCCUGCGCCAAAGCCGCAAGCAAGCGUCCAGGUCCUCUCAGAUGCCAUCGUUGAGCGCACAGAGCCGCCACAGGAGUCUCGUUCAGCCUCAUCCAAUGGAUCUAAGAAGUCCUCUCGGUUCAAGACCGCUCGAGCAGUCGAUUCUGCGGCUACAGCAGCCGAACCAUCCGCCAAACCUGCAUCUUCCCAAAUGCCCUCUCAACCUUCUGAGCAUCAGGCUUCUCGCCCCUCAGCCACCACCGUUCCCUCAGCCACACCCCCUGGUCUGUUCCCUGCCACUCCCAGAGAGCCAAAGCCAUUCUCCACGCCGAUCAUAGACCUUCCCGCUGGACCCUCAGCUCCCACGCCUCCAGAGGGCAAAACGUUGGCCGAGAAAUUGGUUGAGCGAGAUAUUGCUCCUGGGUCUAUCACAGCUCCGGAACCAGACGAGUUGAACGAAGAGAUUCAUCGCCGUGAGAUCGCUUCUGAGUUUUACAGAAUACGUAAUAGCAAGAUCCAACAGCAAGGUGGCUUCGUCAAUGAGGAAGAGCCAGAGUUUGUACCUGUUGAGGAGCCGGUGCAACGCGUGAGCAGAUUCAAAGCUGCGCGGCUUCGACCUUAG